GCACAAAUCAAUCAACAAAAAACCAGCAAAGAAAGGUGCGUAGAUUACCUCUACGGAUUUUCGGUUCCAAAUACGUGAGGAAGCAACAAGGCUGAACUAAAUUGGAAUGGCAGGGGGAGGAAUCCAUCCCAGUUCUACCGAAUUGUGGAAGGCGCACACGAUUUCGCAAUCGAGGAACUUGGUGGUGUUGAGAUCCAGACGAACAAUGUCUUCGAUCAAAGACUGAGAUAGAGAAAACCCAAAAUUUGAUUGCCAACAGAGGGGAUAAGAGGAAAAAAUUUUAGUUUAUGUGAAAGAGAUAGUUUAAUUUAACAUGAGGAGUUAAAUUCUGCGUUCCCUUUGCUGCAAUGGAAUUGCAGGUGCAGAAGCAGCCUAAUUCGGCUCGGACUCUAAAAGGGAAAUAGAAUAGAAGACUUACUUACGAUUUGGUUAUUUCAUGCAUCACAAAGCAAAACGAUGCGUUUGAUACCUUAUCCCUUGCACCAAUUCUGACUGCUACCCUGUUUCCGGCGAAGCCUCGCAGGGGAAUUACUCGACUGCCGGAGAUCUUUAAUUGCCUCUCCGUUUCCAGCUGCUGGGCACGAACUGUCGAUAGUGUUAUUUGGACUUAGCAUUUCUUUUACCGGGCUAUGAUGGAUUAAAAGUGUACCAUAGCUUAGAUGGGCGAAAUUGAAGUGGCAAAAUUGAAGUGAGUAUGGGCUCUCCAAACGAGCGGGUCGGCCCAAUAAAAGCCACACGGGCUUAAUGAAGACACAGCUCUAGGCAUGUUACGUUAGCAAACCCAUAAACUUUUUUUUUUUUUUUUGCUGAUAUGUAUGAUUUAUAGAUCAAAAGACAUUUUCCUUCCAUCUUUAACCCCUUUACAUAUAUGUUCUUCUAUACAAAAGUAACGAAACCAGGUUAUCUUUGAAACAAAAAAAAAUCAAAACCAGGUUUCCACCCAAGUUUUGAUUUCUGCUUGUAUUGGCAUCUUGGUUUGGCGAACACAAGUCGGGAGCAUGGCCGCUGGGAGGGGAAUCGAUGAUUCAAAUGGGAUCGAUUCAGAAUCAGACUCCAUCGAGGCAUGGAUGGUUCGUGGUUGGAUCUUCUUCUCGGAGUCGCCAAGUCGGGGUUGGACUGAGAUUGAGCAACGACGGGGCAAGAAAUAUUCGGCGUGUAUGGAUGUAGAGGGGGUUGGUCGGCUUGUUACGUCCAGGAGACCGGGUGGAGACUUAUCCUUGGUAAAGAAAUCGUGCAAGAGGAGGGAAGUGGCGGAGCCGGGCUAUGGGUUCACCGUCUAGGAUGGAGUAAAGGCAAAUCAAGCUUCAACGGAGACUAUUAAUGAGGGGCCUAAUUUCAAUUAUCAUUAAGUAUAAAUUAUUUUAAUAAAUAUAAUAUAGUUUAAUAGAUAAUAAUUAAUUAUAAAUAAAUUAAGUUACUGUAACCAUUAGAUACAUCUAACGGUUAAUAUUAAACAAAAAGUGGGUGCGUUCAGUGCACCCAAAAUAGUGGGUGCACCGAAGUAGCCACCAUAAAUAUAGCGAGUUCUAUGGUACCUAGGGUGAAAUCCGGGGUACCGCGUACCUUGAGUAUGAAAACGCUAUCCAGACCUUGAAUUGAUUGAUCUUUCAGACAUGAUAGUGUACUCUAACCCUUAAAGAUCAAAAUCUAGGUCUAAAUUCUCUCUAAUACUCCAAUAUCUAUUUAAUUAGAAACAAUAAUCGACGGUUAUGAUUCGUCCAAAGAGAAGCAAAAAAUGAAUGCACCAUCUUAAAGUUUAUAGUUUAUGAUUUAGAUAAUUAGAAUUUAGGGUUCACUCAUUACGGGUUAGUAAAUGGCUAGUAUGCUCAUCGCUCUCUUCUUUCUUGCAUCAUAAACAUUGAUUGUGUCAGAGUCAGUGCAAAAUCGAAAACUGAAGAAUAGACAACAACAAAAAAAACUCAUUAAUCAUUAUGUUAAUGGUCACAUGAACUAAACAAAACAUUCUUUACUAACCACUUGUGUGGAGCCAUUUCCGUUCCUUAACUUAUCUUAAGCAAGUUGAGCAUUGGAAUUCAUUAAUUAAUCCAUUCCCCCCCUCCCAAGUUAAUUUAUUUGUGUGUAGUUAUAAAGUAAUCUAUCCAUUUACCCACAUGAAUGGUGGGUGCUUAACUGCUUAUAUUAGUUGGUGUUAUUUGGCAUCUAGGAUAUGGCUUGUUAUCCCGACAAAUGAUUCAGGUUGAUUCUCUGAAACAUGGUACAAUAAUUUAAUUAUAUUCCUUUUGCUCAAUUUGUCUGUUUAUUAUCAUGUUCAAACCUUCUAGUGGGCAAUUAUCAAUUAGGGUGUUUGUUUAUUAUAAUAAUAAUUAGGAAUCCCCUUAACAAUAAUAACGGUUGAACCAAUUGGGGAGAAUAUAGUAAUAAAUUGCUUGCUCAUUAAGCAAUCACUGUUGAUAAUAUUGCUGGCUACUAAAAACCAUAAGAAAUAAUAUUUUCAAAAGAAUGAAACUGUGAGUUAUUUGGGUGAAAUGGAAUAAUAAGUCUUAUCACUAUUUUUUUACGCACUCUCUCAAACAGAAAUAGAAUAAUGAGUUUGACGUUUGCAAAAACCUCUCAUAUUAUUUGCUUUGAUCAACUGUAAAUAUUGUGGAUUAUUGAAAUUUGAAUGCAUGACAUUUUGAUUAUUAUAGGCUCUAAUAUCAUACCAAAAUCUAAUUGGUUUCAAUAAUAAAUUAUUGAGCGACGAGAAAUGAAAUUUUUUAUAACAUCUACUCACCGAAAGAGUACUAAUUAUGUGAGUACUAAUUAGGCUCUAAUAUCAUACCAAAAUUUAAUUAGUCUCAAUAAUAAAUUAUUGAGCGACGAGAAAUGAAAUUUUUUAUAACAUCUACUCACCCAAAGAGUACUUAUGUGAGUAACAUUUGAAGAUUGAACUCGCUCGGAUAUGCACCCACAUUGAACACUAGCUAAGCUCAAACUCUAGAUGUGUAAAUCGCCAACUUAAGCAGAACAAACCUCCCAACGAGGCUGUCAAUGACACUGUAGCCAAUCAAUCUGACGAGUACUGAAGAAGCCAACAUCAAUUAAUUCUUGGAUUAUUCCCUAGCAAGUAGCAAUUGAGGAAAUGGCCAAAUUAUAUACAGAAAGAAAACUGAGAAGUUGAAAACAAAACAUUAUAAUAACAGCAGGUAAAGGCA